UUCCCCUUGUGACACUAAAGUGAGUCACUUCCUGCAGAUGAUUUAUUUAAGAAGAGAAAACUCGUAAGUUUUGUCACAUAACAAAUGAGUUCAGUUAUUUUUUCUGUUAUCUCAGCCUGAGAAGAUGGAUAACCAUAAACUGGUUGGGUGGAAUGCUAGGUGUUUUAUUUUUACCUUCAAUUCAUUUCUUGUAAACGCUGGGAGAAGCUGCUGAGGUUUCAGUUUCAUUCUGACAGAAAGUAAAGGAACAGAAUAUAAACCCCUCCUGUCUCACUUCUUCACUCAGCUGCAGCUUCAGAUCUCCUCUUUUUAACAGAAACAGCUUCUCUAAACAGGACCGGCAGCUUUGGAACGAUGCUGAUAAACAACAGUGAGGUGAGGAUCGUGAUGGUGGGGAAGACCGGGAUUGGGAAGAGCGCCACCGGAAACACCAUUCUGGGUCAGAAGUUCUUCCAGUCCAAGUGCAGUCCCAAGUCUCUGACCGUGGACUGUGCCAAAGGUCAGGCUGAGCUGUAUGGACAGAAGGUGGCCGUCAUCGACACUCCAGGUCUGCUGGACACCAGGUUUGAUGAGGAGAAGACACAGAAAGAUCUGGGCCAGUGCAUCAGGUACGCUUCCCCUGGACCCCACAUCUUCCUCGUGGUCAUCUCUCUGACCAGGUUCACCGAGGAGGAGAAGCAGACGGUGCAGAAGAUUCAAAAGAUCUUUGGAGAGGCUGCAGACAGAUACAGCAUGGUCCUCUUUACUCAUGGAGACAACCUGGAAGACACCACGAUCGAAGAGUUCCUGGAUGAAGAUCCAAACCUGCAGGAGCUCGUGACCAGGUGUAACGGUCAGUACCACGUCUUCAACAACAAGCUGAAGGCUGACAACUCUCAGGUCGCUGAGCUCCUGCAGAAGAUCGAACUCAUCGUCCAGAAGAACGGAGGAAGCCACUACACCAACGAGAACUUUCAGGAGGCAGAGAGGCUGAUCGAGGAGGAGAAACAACGAAUCCUGAAGGAGCAGGAGGAGAAAAUCCGCAGAGAGAGAGAAGAACUGGAGCAAGAAAUCCAAGGAAAAUAUGAAGUGGAAAUGCAGAAAAUCAACGAGAGACUCCAGGCUGAGAGAGAGAGGGAGAAGAGGGAGAGAGAGGAGGAGAGGAAGAAAGAGAGGGAGGAGAUGAACGAAGAGAGGAGGAAGGAGUUCGAGAGGAUGAGAGAGGAAAGAGAGAGAGAGAGGCAGGAGAGAGCCAGAGAGCUGGAAGCUACGAAAAAAGAUUUAAUGGAGCAGAAAGACAGAGAGUUCAGACAACAAGAAGAGAGGCUGAGGUCUCAGUACGAGCAGAGAGCCAGGGGGCAGGCAGAGAGGAGGAGCGGCUGCACCAUCCUCUAA